UGGGGGUGGGGUGGGGGGAAAGAAAAAAAAAUGCUCGAGGAAACCGACUCAAUGGAUCGCGGCUUCAGGACCGAAGACGAAGAGCUUUGCAAUUCAAUUGAAUCGCUUCCCAACCAACAGGAAAGGGCACCGAAAGAGCAGCUCAGUCGGGAUCCCAGAGGGCAGAGCACUCGGGUCCAGGUUUCUUUCGAGGACGUGAUCGCAGAGCCUGCCUCCACUCGAAGCUUCGACACAGUCUGGAUUUGCAGUUACGCGUUAUUUGAAUUAAGCAAACUUGCUGUGUACAAGCUUUGCACCCUUCUCCUCGCCAUUCUUUCCUUCAUCAUUGGCAUUUUCUUCGCAGUGCUCAGUUUCGUCCACAUUUGGCUCUGUAUGCCCAUGAUAAAGACCUUUAUGAUGAUCCUGCCUUCCCUUGAGAUCAUAUGGAGAAGCAUGAUGGACAUGUUUAUUUCUCCUCUGUGUCAGAGUAUAGGACGCUGCUGCUCUGCAACCAGGUUCCAACUGACUCAGCUGUAAAGAAGCAAACAGGAGGUGGUUGGUGAUUGAAGAGAACAAGGGAACCUGAUUAGAUCUUUUAUAUUAAAAAAAAGACUGGCAUUAUCUAUACUUCCAUCUUUUAUUCCAAAAAAGCAUUUUUGUAAAGUGUUUAAAGUUUUUUGCAUAAAAUUCAUUUAGAAAUAAGAUUAUAUUUUCUAUUAUAAACUGAUAAUCACAUUAGACCUCUAUAAGGAUAUUGCUGUGCAAUAAUAAAAUUAUUUGUAUUGGGUCUCAGGAAUAUGCAUUAGAAAGACACAAAGGAUGCUGGUUUCAGUAAUUAUCCUAUUAUUUAGACGCUGAAAUUGGAAACAGAGAAUUCAGUCUGCAGGAUUUAAUCCAAACAGUGGCAUUUUGCUACAUUUUGCUUACUGUAUAUGCAAAAGGUACUUUUUUAAAGUAAUUAGAUGAAACUCAGUAAAUCAUUUGCUAUUCAGAAUAUGAUUCUGCAGCUCCACCAGAUUUAUUUGCACUGACUGUACUGUUCCAUGCUCACUAGUGGGGCUUAAUUUGUGAGUUAGGUUAACAACUCAAGUGCAGAAUUAACAGGGCGUCUUAACGAUGUGCAAAUGCCUGGCUCAGUUGGUACUACUCUCACCUCGAAAUAAGGUUUUUGUUUCAAGGAUUGCAGUGCUGGGAGAGGGCAGUUGUCAGAGGUGCUGUCCUUUCAUGUGUAAAGGGAAAUUACAGGUAGCACUGAAUUGUGUAUUCCCAACAGGAGAUUCUGGCUUUUAUUUGCUUGGCUGAUCAUCAUGAACUUAAUUAAGAGCACUUGUGGUUUCUUUUUUACACAAGCUUUUAGCACAUGGUUCAACACAACUUGCAAAUUAUACCCCAAUUAAUAUGUGAAAUGACUAAGUGCAGUUCCACAUGAGAAUAAAUGCUGAUGCUUUUUUGCUAUAAUACUGUAUAUAUUAUAACUUUUAGUCCAAAAAUCUUUGUACUGUUCUACCUGCAUCUAAUAGUGGUGAAUAUGGGAAAAUGUUAUUAUGUGUGUAUCCUGCAGCACUUACAAAGAUUGCAAUUAUGUGAUGAUUUUUUUCUAGAAAUCUACUUUGUGAAAUCUAUCCAUUUUAGUGCAAUAUCUAUCCACAACUUUGUUGCUCCAAUCAUACAUUGCAUCAAAUUAAGAUUGUAUAUGUGAUAAUUCAUAAUAAAGUAUAAAUAAA